AUGAAUAGUUCAGCAAUCACUGUGUGCUCUGUUGUUUGUGCUGGCUGCCUUGUCUACCUUUUCGCAAGGAUUUGCCGCACUUUUGCGAGAGGGUCAGGACUCCGAGGAUUUUCGAAGCUCCCUGGACCCCGCGGCUGGCCAUUACUUGGGUAUCUGAGAUCCAUCGAAAGUCCGGCGUGGGUCACUUACCGACAAUGGAGUGACGAGUACAACUCAGACGUUCUAGGCAUGAAUAUCUUGAGCACGAACCUCGUAAUAGCGAACACUCUCAAAGCGGCGACGGAGCUCCUGGAGACCCGGUCGGCCAUCUGCUCUGACAGGUACGUCUGCGCACUGCUACUGCUCCAGAUGGUCGGCUUUGACUGGAAUAUAGGGGUUGCGCGCUAUGGACCGUAUUGGCGCGAUGCCCGUAGAGUGUUCUCUCAGGCGUUUCAUCCCCAAGUGGUCGUACGCUAUCGCCCGGCAGAGGUAAAGCUGACGCACAAGUUCCUCCGCGACCUCAUAGAUACUCCGGAAGACUUCCGUGGCCAUAUCAAAUCCUUCUCUGGGCGACAGAUCUUGCACAUCACGUACGGGCUCGACAUCCAAGACCACGAUGACCCGUACAUUGCUGCGGCCGAGCGUGGAGGGCAGAUUGCCUCAGCAUGUAUGAUCCCAGGCUCGUACCUCGUAGACCUCGUUCCUAUCCUCAAGUACGUCCCCGAGUGGUUUCCCGGUGCCGGCUUCAAGCGGCAGGCAAGAGAGUGGCGUAAAGAGGUCGAGCACACCAUCAAUGCGCCAUUUGCUGCAAUCAAGACUCGCGGUGACCUCACCCCCGACUGCGCUGCAAAGCCUCUACUGGACAGGUUGCUUGACAGCUCCGAUGAUCCCGCAUAUGCGGAGUACGUCUUGAAAGGCGCUCUCGCGACGUCGUACAUAGUUGGAGUAGACACGGUUGCAUCUACCCUGGAAACGUUCUUCCUCUCUAUGACACUGCAUCCUGAGGUCCUGCGUGAGGCACAGUGCGCCGUGGACCGGGUCUGUGCAGGGCGUCUCCCCAACUUUUCGGAUUACGACGUGCUUCCUUGGAUACACGCAAUCGUCAAAGAGUGCUUGCGUUGGCGGCCGGCUAUCCCAAUGAACUUCGCGCACAGGCUGACGAGGGACGACGUUUAUGAAGGCUACCACAUCCCACAGGGCGCGCUCGUCCUCGCGAACAACUGGGCGAUCCUGCACGACCCCGAAGCAUACCCGGGCCCAGAGGCCUUCAACCCGCGGCGCUUCCUCCGAGCUUGCCCAGGCGCAGGCUCUGGAGACGUCAAGCUCGACCCGAUGGUGCGUGACCCAGCACUGGCGGCGUUCGGUUUCGGGCGUCGCAUCUGCCCAGGGCGGCACAUGGCGUACGAAUCGAUUUGGCUCGCGAUCGCCAGCGUCAUUGCCGUGUUUGAUGUCACCAAGGCCGUCGACGCGCAUGGAAAGGUCGUUGAGCCGAGUGGGGAGUACACCGAUGGGUUCUUGUCGGCACCGAAGCCAUUCAGGUGCAAACUCAGCCCGCGAUCGCGGGCGUAUGCGGCACUAGUGCAUGCAGCGCUCGAGUAGGACGAGUGGAGUAGCUAGCUGCGGACUCGGAUGGAAGUGCCCCGCAGAUCGGCGUCGUUACAAGCUUAGGUAGUAGCUGUAUACAUUGAAACUGGGACUUUGAGCUGU